AAGGUUUGCUUGUCCUCCCCAGAACUUUAAAAAAGUAAAAAUCUUUCCAAAAAAAUAAUUAGUAAGAUCCAAUACAACUCAUACCAAUAGCGAGGAAAGUCCCGUCCGUUCCGUGGUCAGUCUUUGUCCAGCUUUUGGCUGGUCUUUGCGCACAAACAUUAAAUUGAUAAAUUCACCUUUCCAGAUCACAAAUUGCUAAACUCUUAUUCUUGGUGUAAAACGGUGACUUGGAUAAACAACUGAAGAAACAAAGAGGACCAGCAUUGGGAAGAAUCUCCUUGGAGGUACUGAGAAUCUGUUGGAAGUUGAGAAUUAGUUUGAGGAGCAGGAUGAUGGCUGAGAGCAAGGAGCGGCCCUGUGAAGAUCUCCCUGAGGAAGACCCUGAGGGCCAUUUUCCACACUACCUGACGAAGACCUUUCCAUUUUGUGGCCAUCAAGUGAAGAUCAGUCGGUGCAUUGGUGCCAAUCUCGGUGUCUCGGCUUUUGUUUGGGAUUGUGCCCGCACACUCUGCCAGUACUUUGAGCAAGAGAAGAUGAGUUUCUCGGGACAGAGCGUGAUAGAGCUGGGAUCAGGCACUGGGAUCGUGGGGAUUCUGGCAACCCUGCUGGGUGGCCGAGUAACUCUGACUGACCAGCCCCAUAUUUUGAAGCAAAUCAAACACAACCUGUCCAUCAAUCUUGCUGCUUCGGGAGGAUACUCUACCACAGUCAGAGCCCUUUUAUGGGGCGUUGACCACACGCUCUUCCUCGAUGACUAUGACGUGAUUCUGGGUUCAGAUAUAGUCUACUACCCAAAUGAUUACCCCCACCUGCUGCAGACGCUGCGGCACCUCAGCAAGAAGACAACGGCCAUUUACCUGUCGUCGGAGCUGAGGGGAUGCAAUGCAACUCGGAGGUUCCACGAUGAGCUUAUCCCCCAGUACUUCAACUGUGAAAUCGUGCACAGAAAUGACAUUUCCAAUAUCAACGUCUACAAGUUGACAUUGCGCAGCGAGGAAGCUUGUGCAGAACGGCCGAAGCCAGAGUAAUCUACAUCUCCAGACUCAGGCAGGAGGAGCAGCCUCUGGUAACAAUUUAUCAGGAAUGCACACGAGGACUUCUAAAAUUACACUGAAGUAUUCUGCAAACAAACACAGAAUUCAGACCACAUGUUUAUGCAGUGCAGCAGCCUUUCCCCCCCUCCCCCCUCCCCCCAACAUCAUCAGCAAAUACUACAAUUGCUUUCUCCUUAACUGACUUCCCCAGAAAGACACCAUACUAUUUGUCUGAAUAACUCCCCUUUCAAGCAAAUUCCACCUUUCUCUGGUAAACAACACUCCCUUGAGAUCCUCAUGGAUUGAUUAGUAUAAAUACUCCACACAUGAAAACGUCCGGGGUGAUAUUGUUUGAAACGGGGUGAAAACAUUGAUGUUUCCCGUCAUUUGAGUAGCUCAGGAACAUCAUGCAAGGGAAGGUUGCUAUUAGAUACGACACCCAAAGGCUGCUGUCCAGGUUGUGCCUGGCACUGAGUGUUAAGGAACAGGCUCUAUUGACCAAUGCCAGCUGCAGAUCUCCAUGGCAAAGAUGAUGGUGAUGAUGAUGAUUCCUUUAUUGUCAUUCAGACCUUUCAGUCUGAACGAAAUUACGUUGCCUGCAGUCAUACACAGUAACAAUAAAUAACAAAACAUACAAUAAACACAAAUUAACAUCCACCACAGUGAGUUCACCAAGCACCUCCUCACUGUGAUGGAGGCAAAAGUCUUAGUCUCUGUCUCUUCCCUCCUUGUUCUCCCUCUGCGCUGAGGCGAUCGAUCCAGGCCGAAGAUGCCGCUCUCCUGUCCAGCGACCUCCGUGGUGAUGUCGCCGCUGUCAAAAGCCGGAACGCUGUCUCCGCUCUGAGUCGGCCCGCCACAGCCUCAGCUCCGAGUCCCGCUGCAUCAGCUCCGAGUCCCGCUGCAUCAGCUCCGAGCCCUGCUGCAUCAGCUCCGAGUCCCGCAACCACAGCUCCGAGUCCCGCAGCUUCAGCUCCGAAUCCCGCUGCAUCAGCUCCGAGUCCCACAGCCUCAGCUCCGGGCCCCUGCCUCAGCUCCGAGUCCCGCUGCAUCA